AUGAUCAAACGUAAUCCGUUCAAUGUCAGGGGCCCUCUGAGAAUCUUGCGGGUUCAUUCGAGGCGUCUUUCAGAAGUCAAGUUUCCAGAAGAACAAGUUGAUCCGAGUAAGCCAAAAAUCAAAGAAUUUAAGUAUCCGUUGUUCCAUACUUUUUUGAUCGCAUCAACGACUUACGUCUUGCUUAACUCAUUAUACUUGAAGUUGGAGCAAGAAGAAAAACAAAACGAGCUUUUGAAAAGAAAUGAAGAGUUAGAAAAUUCUAUUCAGAUAUUAGUCAACGAAAAAGAACAAGAACUUAGAGCCAAGCAGAAGAAAUGGUAUUCUAUAUUUAAUUUAUGGCGUUGA